GUAAAUACCACUAGGAGAGGCAGACAGGAAGGGGCGGAGCGCCCGCCGGCCCAGCACCGCACCCGAGCUAGCGACCGCUGCGGGAGGCGCGGGUGAGCCCGGCGGCCGCUUUGCUAUCCCGGCCCUUUGAUCCUGGCCGUUGCUCCGGGGCCGGCAGAGCCUACGAUGAACCUCGGUUCCAGGCGCUGGGCAGGCAGCGAUAUUGGGUCCAUGGCUCCAGCGAUGACUCCGGUGGCGGCUCCGUUGUCCCUGGCUGUCAAGGCCUCAAACCCGGCAGCAGCCCCCACCUCCUAUGGGGUCUUCUGCAAGGGGCUCUCUCGCACCCUGCUCGCCUUCUUCGAGCUGGCCUGGCAGCUACGGAUGAACUUCCCGUAUUUCUACAUCGCAGGCUCGGUGAUCCUCAACAUCCGCUUGCAGGAACAUCCAGGAGGCCAUGGAUUUGUUUCCUGCUCUAUCAUCAAGCCUAGAACAUUAUUGUCUGAUGCAAAGCAAAGAACAAAUAUUGCUGAAUAGUGUUUAGGUGAUUCCAAAUAAUCUUCUCUUCCAAAUUGCCAAACAGAAAUAUGACCUGAUGAAGAGUGAAUUUUUUCU